AUGGAUAUUCAGAAUGACACAUAUAGUCUAAGAUAUAAUAAAAAAAUAUAUCUCAUAAAGUUAUUAUACGAAUUAAUUAUAUGUGAAAAAAACAAAGAUAAUUAUUUUCCAGAUUUUGAAGAUGAUAAAUUUUAUAAUUAUAUAGAUCAUAUUUUGAAGCUAUUAUUUAAUUAUAUAUUUGAUGUAAACAACGACUAUUAUACACAUGAUGUAGAUAAUAAUAUUGACAUAAAUAUAUCCUCAAGCUCUUCCGAUACAUCAAGUGAUGUUUUUUUAUAUUCUGAAGAGAAAGAAAAAGAGCUAUCAGACUUUUUCAACUUUAAAAUAAGCAAUACAAAUCAAAAAGAAGUUUAUCAUAAUGAAAAUGACGUGAAACAUGAACUCGAUAAAUUUGAAGAUGCAAAAAAUCAUAUAAAUAUAAUUACUAAAGAAAAUACGAUUAAUGAUAAUAUAAAUACUGCCAUCAAAUGGGAUCCAAAUUUAAGCAUAAAUGAAACAUAUAAUCUUAAAGAUUAUAAUGGGAAAAAUGUUACUAAAGAAAAUGAACAAAAUCAAUAUAUUAAAUCAUUUUUGUCAGAAAAUAAUAAUCAUGAUAACACCAAUAAUGAUGAUUUAUCUGAUGUACUUUUCAAUUAUCACUUAAAUUGUGAUAGAAACACUAAAUCUAUAAAGGAUAAUAAAAAAACUCAAAAAGAAAUUCUGAGUAUAUAUUACAAGUCCUUUUCUACAAUUGUUAUUGAUAUGCUUUUAAACAAUAAUAAAAUUGAGAUAUCAGACAUAAUAUUAUUCUUUAUUUUUGAUCAUGAUAAAAAUAUUGAAGAUAUAAGCUCUUUUUUUUCAAAAGGUUAUUACACCUUUGAUAAGAUAUAUUCUUACAUCCAACAAUGCAAAUGUGGGAAUAAUGUACAUUUAAAAAAGGAUAAAAGCAAAUUCCCUUCCAUCGAUAAUUAUUUAAAGUUUAAUAAUUCCAAUGAAAAGAAAGAUAGUGAUAUAAAUCCUCAAAAUUCUGAUAUUUAUAAUGCACAAACAAUAAAAAUGGACGAAAAAUUUAUGCAGGUCGAAAAUUUGCAUACUCUUGAGAGUCAGCCUCAAAAUAAAUCAUUAUUUCAUACUAAAAAUCUAGAAGAGAAAUCAAUAGGAAUAACCAAUGAAAUAAAUAAUCACAAAUCCUCUAUCACUACCAACCAUAUAAAAAACUUAUAUGAUACAAAAUUUCUCAAUUGUAUACCAUUUCUAAUAUGUGAAAAUGAAGAAAAAAACACAGAAGCAUUGAUAAAUGAUAUGCUAAAAAAAUCUGAAAUGAAUAUAGAUGUUAAAAAUUGUGACAUUUUAAAAUUAAAAAACAUUAAGAUAAAUGAAAAUUCAUUCACGAUUGAAAAUUAUGAAUUUCAAUUAAAUAAAUCUUCUGUUUUGCUCAAUAAAUUUAUUUUUAUAUUAAAUAUACAAUUAGAAAAAGAACGACAUUUCAAAAUUUGCACUGAUAUAUAUUUUUUAAAAAACUUAAGCUUAAGUUUUUUAGAAGCAUCGAAACCGUGGAUUUUUUAUUGGUGCAUACAUACUAUUUAUAUUUUAUAUAACGAUUUUGAAAUCGAACAAAAGUUGUGUAAAGAGACAUUUAGUAUUAUAAAAAAAAAUGUUUUUUAUUAUUUAAAUAAAAUUAAAAAUAAAAAUGAUGGGUUUGGUGGGGGGUUAAAUCAGUAUACACAUAUAACAACUACUUAUGCUGCAAUCUGUGUGUUUAUAUAUUUGAAUGAUGAUGAAAAUAAUUUUUUAGGUUUUAUUGAUAAAAAAAAAUUGCAUUCUUAUAUUCUUCAGUUGAAAUGCAAAGAUGGAUCUUUCAGAUUACACAAAGAUGGAGAAAUAGAUAUGAGGGGAACAUACUGUGCUAUAUCAGUAUGUUCUAUGUGUCAUAUAUUAACUAAAAAAAUUAAAAAAAAUGUUGCAAAAUAUAUUUUAUCAUGCCAAAACUAUGAAGGAGGAUUUACAAGUGAAAAGUUUCAAGAAAGUCAUGGUGGAUAUACAUAUUGUGCUUUAGCUACUUUAUGUAUAUUAGGAAAAAUUAAAAAGGUAAAUUUAAAUAAAUUGAUGUUAUGGUUAAUUAAUAAACAAGGGAAUUUAGAGGGCGCAUUUACAGGAAGAACAAAUAAGCUAGUUGACGCAUGUUAUUCAUUUUGGAUAGGAUCUAUCUUCUUUAUAAUAAAUGAGAUUUAUAUACUAAAAAAAUUAUUCAAGCAAAGUGAAAGCAAACAAAAACCUAUUAAUAAAAAUAUCAAAGCUAUUGAUAAUGCUAGUUAUGCCAAAUCAGAUGGAUUUAAAGUUUUUGAGAGUGAUCAUUUGAAGGAAAACUCAAAAAAUUUUGAAGGAAAUCAAAAAUUGAAUAUAUGCCCAACUUCCCCUAAAUCAGGUAAACUCCCUAUUCUUUCAAAUAAAAAUAUCACAUUUACCACUAUUGCUUCUCAUACUAAUAAUAACAAUAACACCGAAAAUAGCAUACCACCUCUUGACACUAAAGAAAAAAACACACAUAUAAUUCAUGAUAAAUUAAACACGAGUGUAAAGGAUCUAUAUAAUACAUCAAUGGAAUAUAAAGAGGAUUUAUUUUUUAAAAAAUGUCAAAACAAAUUUGCUGGAAACACAAAUAUAUUAUUCAAUAUGAAUUAUCUAAGGCUAUAUCUACUUCUCUGCUCUCAAAGUAAUAAGGGAGGAAUGAAAGAUAAACCAAAGGAAAAAACUGAUUAUUAUCACACAUGCUAUGCUUUAAGUGGGUUAGCAUUAGUAGAAAAUUAUUUAUUAACACAUAAACAAUAUUUUGAAGACACAUACAACGUCGAAAAUAUAAAUAAGUUAAACAAAAUACACAUUUUAUACAAUAUAACUGUUCAAAAGGUUUAUAAAAGUUAUAACUACUUUUCCCCUGAUUUUCCACUAAAUGAAAAUAAAAUUAAUCAUAAAGUUGGAAAAGGAGCAUAUUUCUAUUUGAAAAAUCUUAUUUAUUAA